AUGAACAGGCAGUACGCCUCUCCAAAGGGCUAUUCAGCCUACCCCCGAGCGCCCAGCGCCUUCUCCAUCUCGCCCAAUCGUAGCUUCCAGCCUCGUUCGCAACCCGCCCUCCGCCGACGGCGUCAACUGUUCCAACGGCUGCUCCUACUCGGCGGGGUAUCACUCUUGCUAGUGAUCUUCAUCUUUCCCUCCUGGCGCGCCGCCAUCAUCCCGACUCUAUCCCUUGGUCUCGUACAUCCUUCGGAGGACCUCCAGCUCCAAACAGUCCGGUACUAUGAUCUCUCCGAAGUUCAAGGCACGGAGAAAGGCUGGGAGCGUGGCGAACGCGUCCUCAUGCUAACUCCGCUGCGCGAUGCCUCGUCCCACUUGCCCAUGUUCUUCUCGCACCUGCGAAACCUCACCUACCCCCACAACCUGAUCGACCUAGCCUUCCUGGUGUCCGACUCACGCGACGACACACUGGGCAUGCUCACGCGCAUGCUGCAGGAGGUGCAGAAUGACCCGGACCCGAAGAUGAACUUUGGCGAGAUCUCCGUUAUAGAGAAAGAUUUUGGUCAGAAGGUGCAGCAAGAUGUCGAGAGUCGGCAUGGUUUCGAGGCUCAGGCGAGUCGGCGGAAAUUGAUGGCUCAGGCGAGGAAUUGGCUGCUGAGCGCGACGUUGCGUCCCACCCAUAGCUGGGUCUAUUGGAGAGACGCAGAUGUCGAGACUGCGCCAUUCACGAUUAUCGAGGAUCUGAUGCGGCAUAACAGGGAUGUGACUGUCCCGAACGUGUGGCGGCCACUCCCGGAUUGGCUUGGUGGUGAACAACCUUACGAUCUAAAUUCCUGGCAGGAAUCGGAAACCGCAUUAGCCUUGGCCGAGAGUCUAGAUGAAGACGCCGUUAUUGUGGAGGGAUAUGCCGAAUACGCCACAUGGCGACCCCAUCUGGCCUACCUCCGCGAUCCCUUUGGAGACCCGGAUAUGGAGAUGGAGCUGGACGGAAUUGGUGGUGUCAGCAUCCUGGCAAAGGCCCGCGUAUUCCGCGCCGGUGUCCAUUUCCCAGCAUUUAGCUUUGAAAAGCACGCUGAGACCGAGGGCUUUGGCAAGAUGGCCAAACGGAUGAAAUUCUCCGUCAUUGGACUGCCGCAUUAUGUCAUCUGGCAUUUGUACGAGCCCAGCGUGGAUGACCUGCGCCAUAUGGAGGAGAUGGAGCGUGAAGCCCGCGAGCAGGAAGAGCGUGAACGUGAACUGCAGGAACAAACAGACAGCACCAAGGCCAAGGCUCAUAAUGCUGCCAAGGGCUCGGACAAGGGUUCCGACGAGGGUCCCGCUGCUCAACCGGCCAAAGACUCUGCAAAGGGCUUUUCCAAUCUUUAG